AUGGCACACCCAAAUGGCUCUCUGGUGACUGAAUUCAUCUUGGUGGGGUUAACAGACCAGCCGGUUCUCCAGAUGCCCCUUUUCUUCCUGUUUCUGGUCACAUAUACAGUCACUGUGUUGGGAAAUUUGGGCCUGAUUAUUCUAAUUGUGCUGAAUUCACACCUUCACACCCCCAUGUACUUUUUUCUCUUUAAUUUGUCCUUCAUAGACCUCUGUUACUCCUCUGUCUUUACACCCAAAAUGCUGAUGAACUUCGUAUCAAAGAAGAAUAUUAUCUCUUACAUGGGAUGUAUGACCCAGCUCUUCUUUUUUUGCUUCUUUAUUAUCUCUGAAUGCUAUGUGCUGACAUCAAUGUCCUAUGAUCGCUAUGUGGCCAUUUGUAAGCCACUUUUAUACAAUAUAACAAUGUCCCAAAAAGUAUGUGUCAACCUUAUGCUUGGUUCAUACUUGAUGGCCUUUGCUGGUGCGAUGGCCCACACUGGAUGUAUUCUCAGACUGAUAUUUUGUGAUGCAAACACCAUCAACUACUGUUUCUGUGAUCUGAUUCCUUUACUUGAGCUCUCCUGCACCAGCACUUACGUCAAUGAAGUAGAGAUUUUCAUCGUGGUGGGCAUCAACAUAAUUGUGCCCAGCCUCACAAUCUUUAUAUCUUAUGGUUUCAUUCUCUCCAGCAUCUUACACAUCAGAUCCACUGAGGGCAGGUCCAAAGCCUUCAGCACUUGCAGUUCCCACAUAGUUGCUGUUUCUCUGUUCUUUGGAUCAGCUGCAUUCAUGUAUCUCAAGCCAUCUUCUGCUGGGUCAAUGGGUGAGGGAAAAGUCUCUUCUGUUUUUUAUACCAUUAUGGUUCCCAUGAUGAAUCCCUUAAUCUACAGUUUGAGGAACAAAGAUGUUAGAGUUGCCUUGACAAAAACACUGAGUACGAUAAAGUUUUAA